AUGCAAGCCCCAGCACAAUGGGCAGAACAAUUCUGGCCUGCUACGGAGCUGCCACCGGUUUUUGACAUGCCCACAAACUCCACUCCGGCCACCUCACAGGAACUUCAUCCUGAUUCCAUCUUUGGUCGCAUCACCAAUGACAUUCACCGUAAAUCCAAUUCCAGCAGCCAAGGAACUGCCGACGGCCUUGAAACAGCCCGUCUUCAUCUUCGGUCACUCUCUAAAAAUGGUGGCCAGGUUCGAAAUUCCUUGUGUCCAGCCGGCUCUAAUGGCAUCAGGAGACCGUGCAAGGCAAGAUCACGCGGACAUGGUAUUCACGGUGGGGUGGUCAAUGGUGUUUUCAGUAGGCAACAGUGUAUAGGUAUUGCGGUUGGAUUGACGAGGUCUCCUACCCCCGGUUUUUUUGCCAAGUUUGGAGCUCAAUGUGAUGCCACUGUUGGCAAGGCUUGCAAUUUCUACAAGAAAAAGUUUAAUAAGGUGGCUUUGUUUAAGUCCAAAUCAUAA